AUGGAGAAUUACCAAGCUACAUUAAACAGGCUCGACGCCUUCACUCCCGCCGACUUCAAGGGCCAUGAAGUCGAGAGGCUACAUCUGCUAGAUACCGCACGCAAAUUACUCGCUCGUCUGGAAACAAUCGAAGAAAGGGUUUAUAACCUUACUUUCCAUCCGCCUACUCUAUACGCGGCGAUGAAAACAUGCGUAGACCUUGGUAUUUGGAGGGGAUGGAUGGCGGUGGGCGGAGGAGAGAAGUCGCUCAAAGAACUAGCUGAAUUAGCUGACAAGGAUUGCGAUUUGAACUUACUUCGACGCCUUCUUCGCCUUCUUAGCGCUUCGAAUAUCAUCGAGGAGACUGGAGAGGAUAGGUAUAAGCCAACUCCUCUUUCCCUAGCCUUGGGCGACAAAUCUUCUCCUAUUCCACUAGCCACCGUUGCCAAAACAUAUCUCUGGGACCCAUCUCUUAUCAACCUGCCAUUAUUCCUUGCUAAAACAUCCUACCGCGAGCCCGAAGACGCAAAAUACACGAACAUCAACGAUGGGACGCCAGAAGGGUUGACGUUCUUCGAGAGGAACGAAACCAAGAAAAUCUACCAGGAUACCUUUAGCGCGUACAUGGAUAUGUGGAUAGCUUACCGACUCCCAUGGCCUCAGUUCUACGACACGACUGCCCUGCUGAACGGUGCGGAUCUAUCGGCUGGUCCGCUUAUUGUAGAUAUUGGUGGUCAUCAUGGUCAUGAUCUUCUUAGGGUUUUGGAUAAACACCCGAAUCUGCCUGAUGGUUCUCUUGUGAUCCAGGAUCUUCCGGAAGUUCUUACGGACUCGAAACUUAGCACCCCAAAGAUCAAGCUUAUGCCGCAUAGUUUCUUUGAUGUUGAACCUGUCCACGGGAGCCGAGCGUAUUUCUUCCAUGGCAUAUUCCACGAUUGGCCCGACGCGACUGCCAUCCAAAUCCUACGUAAUCUCAUACCGGCGAUGAAGAAAGGAUACUCGAAGCUUCUUAUCUGCGAUGUGGUGCUGCCGCCUACGGGGACGAAUAUUUACCAGGCGACUAUGGAUAUCAAUAUGAUGGCACAUCUCUCCGCGUAUGAAAGAUCUGAGAGUAGGUGGAGGAAGUUGAUUACUGAAGCCGGGUUUAACGUCAUUAAGAUAUGGAUGGAUGCGCGUAGAUACGAGGGUGUGAUUGAAGCAGAGUUGGCUUGAAUGAAGACAUGGGCUUCGUGGGGUGGGGGAAUUGAAUGAUGUGGAAAAGGGGUUGGGUGGUCAGAUAAGCAUGCUCUCAACAGCGAUUUAGUUCAGGGUUUCAACACAGAAUAAUUAAGAUGGAAUGACUGGUACAAUUGUCCAAUCGUAAAAUAUUGAUCGAAUAUGAUGAGAUUUACGUGAUGUUGU